GACCAGUUCUUGUCUCUCUUUCUUUACUCGUCUUCUCUCUCACACAUCACUUUCUCUCUCUAGAGACUCACCGUGUUUUCGUCGGCGUCGAACCCGACAACAGCAACUAUCCGAAUAACGAUAUUUGAUCUCAUAGUAAUCUCUAACUCGUUCUCCCAAUCGUCUCUUUACAGUUCUGUAAUCAACACUGCAGUCGCCAAGUGAAAAAGAAGAAAACCAACCAAACCAAACCCUCUUGAUCAUCCGCUUUUGGUUGAGGGGUUUGAGCCUGACAGUUCACUAUCGAUGAAGGGGUAAGGAGAGUUUGAAGGUGGUUCUGCUGUAUCAGAUUGAAAAUGUUGGAGGGUCCAAAGUUUCCAGGUAUUAUGGGCGUAAACAACGGCAAUGAUAAUUUUGUUGACCUGUCACAAGUGUUCUACCAUAAGCUUGGUGAGGGGUCCAACAUGUCUAUAGACAGCUUUAAUAGUUUGCAGAUGAGCAACGGUGGUGGGUCAGUUGCGAUGUCUCUUGACAAUAGUAGUGUCGGGUCUAACGACUCACACACUCGCAUCUUAAAUCACCAAGGUUUGAAACGUGUCAAAAAUAAUUAUACAGAUGCCCAUAGUGUGAAUAGAGGAAGAGUCUCUCAGGGCUUAAGUGAUGAUGCUUUGGCUAGAGCUCUAUUAGAUGCUCGUUUCCCAACAGAGGGGCUUGAGAAUUUUGAUGAGUGGACCAUCGAUCUGAGGAAACUUAGCAUGGGAUCUGCUUUUGCACAAGGUGCAUUUGGGAAGCUCUAUAAAGGUACUUACAAUGGUGAGGAUGUUGCUAUCAAGCUUUUGGAAAAGCCAGAAAAUGACUUAGAUAGGGCACACCUCAUGGAGCAACAAUUCCAGCAGGAGGUUAUGAUGCUUGCAAGAUUAAAGCAUCAAAACAUAGUUCGAUUCAUUGGUGCAUGCCGUAAACCCAUGGUAUGGUGUAUUGUGACUGAAUAUGCCAAAGGAGGUUCUGUUCGGCAGUUUUUGACCAAGCGGCAGAACAGAUCAGUGCCUUUGAAAUUGGCAGUGAAGCAGGCGUUGGAUGUUGCAAAGGGAAUGGAAUAUGUGCAUGGACUUGGAUUAAUUCAUAGGGAUUUGAAGUCGGACAACCUUCUAAUUUCGGCUGACAAAUCAAUUAAGAUUGCCGACUUCGGAGUUGCUCGAAUUGAGGUGCAGACCGAAGGAAUGACCCCCGAGACAGGGACCUACCGCUGGAUGGCUCCGGAGAUGAUCCAGCACCGGUCCUACACACAGAAGGUAGAUGUUUAUAGUUUUGGGAUCGUUCUCUGGGAACUGAUCACAGGGAUGCUUCCGUUCCAGAACAUGACAGCGGUGCAGGCUGCAUUUGCUGUUGUGAAUAAAGGCGUCCGGCCGACCAUCCCACAUGACUGCCUUCCAGUUCUGAGUGAAAUUAUGACACGCUGCUGGGAUGGAAACGAAGAUGUGAGGCCACCCUUCACGCAGAUUGUGAGAAUGCUUGAACAUGCGGAGACAGAGAUCAUGACCACAGUGCGUAAGGCUCGAUUCAGGUGCUGCAUGAGUCAGCCAAUGACUACCGAUUGAUCAUGUGUGUGGGAGGAGAAGAAGACAGUAAAGAAAUGGAAACAAUUAAUAUUAUUAGCUGAAAAGGAAGGCAUGUGUAGUAAGUAAUUAAUUUCUUUCUUGAGAUAGGGUGAAAAAGAGGGAGAAAAUUAUGAUAUGAAGUGAACAACUACUUGUUUUUGUUGGAUUCUUUUUGAUUUCAUGGAUUAAUGUGUUGCUGAAUUAGUAGUAAUGAAGGAGAUUUUAUUUGAUGUAUUUA